AUUUCACCAAAUAAAAAAUAUUUAUUGGUGGCUUCAAAAAAAUCAAAGUUAUAUCGACACAGUUUUUUAGCUGGAUACAAAAUAAUAAAUUUAGAAACAAACCAACAAGCUUCAAUAACUAUUGGAAACUCAAAAAUUCAUCAGUUAGCAAUAUGGACCCCCCAAGAAAAUGGCAUAAUAAUAAUAAAUAACAACAAUAUAUUUUACAUUCCAAAUGUACAACAAUUAAAUAAUUUCCAUCAAUUAACAAUCGAUGGAGGUGAUGGUGUUUAUUAUGGUCGACCAAACUGGGUCUAUGAAGAAGAAGUAUUCAGUUCAAACAGUGCAUUAUGGUUUUCACCAAGUGGAAAAAAAAUGGCAUUUGGAUAUUUCAAUGACACAAUGACAAAUAUCAUUGACAUUCCAUUUUACGGAACAUUAAAUAGUAAUUUAUCCUAUCAAUAUCCACAAUCAUACAAUAUUUACUAUCCAAAGGCUGGUAGAAAAAAUCCAAUAGUAAAGCUAUUCUACAUUGAUUUAGAAAUAGUUGAUAAAAGUAAUGCUUAUAAUAAAAGUUUUUAUGAAAUUUUACCUCCAUUAGAAUUAUUAAAGUCUGAAAUAAUACUUGCUGCUGUUGUUUUUCCAAAUGAAACAAGUGUUUCAGUAACUUGGAUGAACAGAAUUCAAAAUGAAUCAUACAUACAGCUUUGCAAUGUCAACGAAUUUCAUUCCACCACGGUAUUUAAAUAUGCUGAAAAAGAAGGAUGGUUGUCACCAGGUUCACCUCCAAAAUACAACAAAGAUGCAAGUAAAUUUCUCAUGAUUCUUCCACAAAAACAAUUCGACAAUGAUUACUGGUAUCAUUUGGCAAUAGUCAGUAUAAAUACAACAAAUAAUUAUCCAGCUAUUCGUUAUUUAACAUCUGGAACUUUUGUUGUUACUAAAAUUGUCGGUUGGGAUGAAAAAAAAUCACUAGUUUAUUAUCUUGCAACAGUUGAUAAUCAACCAGAUCAAUUACAUUUUUAUCGUGUUUCAACUUUGAAUAAUUAUUCGAAAUCUGAAUGUUUAAGCUGUAAUGUUUCGAGUUUAAAUAAACGUAUACCUUGUCGAUAUAACAAUGCUAUUUUAUCACCAUCAAAUAGUCGAUAUAUUUUAACAUGUUUUGGACCUGAUGUACCUGAUGUUUCAAUUUACAAUAGUAGUAAUUUAAUUAAAUUGCUAACAUGGGAAGACAACUCAAAGUUAAUAAAUUUAUUAAAAAAUAAAAAAAUGCCACAAAUUAAAAGACUCAGGGUACCAGUACCAGGUGGUUUCAAUGCUGAAGUACAAUUAUUUAUUCCAUCAAAUGCUGAUUUAAGUGGAACAAAAAAAUAUCCUCUACUUGUUGAUGUAUAUGCAGGACCAGAUUCAAAUAAAAUAACCGAUAAAUUUAAAAUUCAUUGGGGAACAUAUUUAGUUACAAAUAAAAAUUUUAUUUAUGCAUUUAUUGAUGGUCGUGGAUCAAAUCUCAAGGGUAAUUCAAUGCUAUUUUCGGUUUAUAAAAAUUUAGGAAAUUUCGAAAUUCUUGAUCAAAUUAAUGUCACAAGAUAUUUACAGAAUAAUUAUGCAUUUAUUGAUAAAAAUAAAACAUCAAUAUGGGGCUGGAGUUAUGGAGGAUACGCAGCUGGAAUGAGCUUAGCAUUGGAUCAUGGAAAUGUUUUUAAAUGUGGUAUAUCAGUUGCACCAGUAACAUCUUGGUAUUUAUAUGAUUCAAUUUAUACUGAACGUUACAUGGGUUUACCAAAUGAACAUGACAAUAAAUAUGGCUAUGAUAAUGGAGAAUUAAUAAAACAUGCUAAAAAUAUCAAAUCAAAUAGUUAUUAUCUUGUUCAUGGUACAUUUGAUGAUAAUGUACACUAUCAACAUUCACUUCUGCUUGCUAAAGAACUUGAAAAAAGUGACAUUUUAUUUAGACAACAAACUUAUACCGAUGAAAGCCAUGGCAUUGAUGGUUUGUUACCACAUUUGUAUCAUUCAUUGGAAAAUUUUCUUGAUGAAUGUUUAAUUAAAUAAUAAAUUAUAAUUAUUUUCAAGGAUUAAGAGUUUUUUUUUUGUUUUCAAAAAAUUUAUAAAAAUACAUUGAGCUAUGUAGUAAAAAAUAUUUUAAUAUUAAAUUAUUUAUGACAAAUUAAUGAUGUAUAAUAUGAUUUUUAUAUUUAUAAAAAAUUAAAUUUAGAAUAAUAAGCAAUUGAGUCAUCGAAAAUAGAACUUAACUAUCUCAAAUGAGCUUUUUUAUCUCUAGUUUUUAUUGGUACCAUCGUUAUAUGAUCUUGCCGUUCAUAAAGAGCAAAUAAUUAUGAUAAAACAACAAAGAAAUUCAUACUUACUAUCUGUUUAAUGUAAAAUUAUAUCUAGACAAUUCAAAACAGCGGUUAUCCACACGAUAAUUCGGAUUAAUUAUUGAUUUUUAAUUAAAAAAAAAAGGUUUUUAUAGUCUCAUAAAUCAUUAAAUGUGAUAGAAUAAAUAAUAGUCAUGUUUAAAAUUAAUAAAA